ACUUGGGAAGUUGCGAGUUGUGACAUAGACCCACACAAUAAUAAUGGAGGUCAACGCUUUGUUAAGUUAGUUCUCUUUCAUUGCUCACUACUUCUCUUUCAGACAAUGAAUCACGUACCUGUUCUUGUUACCAUACUUGUCCUUGUUGUUCUCUAUUAUUUGCUGAAAACUCUACACUCAAUUUUCUAUGUCCCAUACAAAAUCCAGCAACACUUCCGCAACCAAGGUAUAUCCGGCCCCACCUACCGUCCGAUCUUUGGAAACUCAUCCGAGAUCAAACGCCUCUACGCAGAAACUAAAUCAGAAUCAAACCCAUUUGACCAUGAUAUCUUAAAACGUGUGGUUCCAUUUUACAACAGGUGGUCUUGCAUGUAUGGUAAAACUUUUCUGUAUUGGUUCGGGUCAACGCCCCGGUUGGCUAUAUCCGACCCGGAUUUGAUCAAGGAAGUGUUGGUUACUAAUUGUGUUGAGUAUGGGAAGGUUCCUUACAAUCCACAAUCUAAGUUGCUUUUUGGACAAGGACUUGUUGGAUUGCAAGGUGAUCAAUGGAAUUUUCAUAGAAGGAUUUUCAACUUGGCUUUCAACACUGAGAUUCUUAAGGGAUGGGUGCCAGAUAUUGUGUUAAGUGUGACAACAAUGCUGGAAAAAUGGGAAAAUCAAAGAGGAGGAAGAGAUGACUUUGAAAUAGAUGUCCAUAGAGACCUUCAUGAACUUUCUGCAGAUGUUAUAUCAAGAACUGCUUUUGGCAGCAGUUUUGAAGAGGGUAAACAUAUUUUCAAAUUACAAGAGCAGCAGAUGCAUCUUUUCUCACAGGCAGUUAGAAGUGUCUAUAUCCCUGGAUUUAGAUAUUUGCCAACUAAGAAGAACAGAGAUAGGUGGAGACUAGAUAAAGAGACGCGUGAAUCAAUUUGCAAGCUGAUUGAGACCAAGAGCAGUGUUAAAGAAAAUACCAAAAAUGUACUAAAUUCAUUAAUGUGUUCCUACAAGAAUGAAGUUGGUGGAGAAAAUAAACUAGGGCUGGAAGAAAUUAUUGAUGAAUGUAAAACCAUCUACUUUGCUGGAAAAGAUACAACAGCUAACUUGUUGACUUGGGCACUCCUUCUAUUAGCAAAACAUCAAGAAUGGCAAAGUAUGGCACGUGAAGAAGUUCUUCGUGUCAUCGGACACAGUCAACUUCCAGUUGCAGACAAUUUAAAUGACCUUAAGAUUGUCAGCAUGAUAAUUAAUGAAACCCUUCGACUCUAUCCUCCUGCUCUAAUGUUAAUGAGGCAAACAAAUAAAAAUGUGAUGCUAGGGAGCAUUGAAGUUCCUGCAAAGACUCAACUCUACUUGCCAUUGACUGAUAUUCAUCACAAUAGAGAAAUCUGGGGAGAAGAUUGUCAUGGGUUUAAUCCAAUGAGAUUUAGCGAGCCUCGGAAGCAUUUAGCAGCAUUUUUUCCUUUUGGAUUAGGGCCUCGAACUUGUGUUGGGCAAAAUUUGGCAUUGGUCGAGGCAAAGAUAGCUCUUGCUUUGAUUAUUCAACAUUAUAGUUUUGAGGUAUCUCCAAGCUAUAUACAUGCUCCUGUACUAUUUAUAACUUUGCAGCCUCAACAUGGUGCACAAAUUUUGUUCAGAAGAAUUUCAUGUUGAAUAUUGUUAUUUUCUUUUCCCUUUAUGUAUAAUUUUGAAUUUCGAUUUCUAGUAAAUUUUUGUGGCUAUAAGUUACCUUCAGUAAAUAUUUGGAACCAAAAGCUUUUCAUGUUGAUGUUUGCAUAGAUAGAGUAUACAAAUUGUAUUCAAGAACAAGCAAAACUCUGUUUUUGUUAGGAGAGACACUUUACUAGUUACUUUAUGGGAUGCCAUAUAUGGAUUCAAUCA